GCUCUUCCCUUAUCGCCUGUUAUCACUUCGUCACAAGAGAUAUCAGCUAUUACAAUAUACGGAGAAAACACAAUCUUGCCAACAUGUCUUCAAAGGCUGUGAAGGAAACCACUAGCAUACAAUGCAACAGCGGCUGCAUUUGUAUUCCAACCGAAGCUAAAGAUACCAUUAAUGUAUGCCUUGACGGUAAAAAUAAUAUCGUCAAAUGUAAUACAUGCACAAAGUGUACAACAUUCACAACCAAUGGCGCAAAGACUCUAUGUGUUCGGAGAGAAGGUGGGUUAAUAAAGAAAUGCGACAGUUGCUGUACUGACACGGGUUGUAGCUGUACCAGCGAUGAUGGAAAAGGUGAGGUCAAGACAUGCAAUGACUGCGAAUGUAAUUCCAAGUCUGGAUGCGAUAAACAUGGCUGCUUCUGCAUCACCAUUGAAGGUGGAAAAUGUAUUUGCAUCUGUAAAGAUGAAACAGGAGGGCUUAAGAAAUGUGAGGACUGCAAGUGCUCGUCUAAGGCGUCAACCAAGGUUGCUUGUUGUACUGAUGAAGGUGGUAUAAACAACUGCAAGGACUGCGAAUGUAAUUCCAAGUCUGGAUGCGAUAAACAUGGCUGCCUCUGCAUCACCAUUGAAGGUGGAAAAUGUAUUUGCAUCUGUAAAGAUGAAACAGGAGGGCUUAAGAAAUGUGAGGACUGCAAGUGCUCGUCUAAGGUGUCAACCAAGGUUGCUUGUUGUACUGAUGAAGGUGGGAUAAACAAAUGCAAGGACUGCGAAUGUAAUUCCAAGUCUGGAUGCGAUAAACAUGGCUGCUUCUGCAUUACCAUUGAAGGUGGAAAAUGUAUUUGCAUCUGUAAAGAUAAAACAGGAGGGCUUAAGAAAUGUGAGGACUGCAAGUGGUCGUCUAAGGCGUCAACCAAGGUUGCUUGUUGUACUGAUGAAGGUGGGAUAAACAAAUGCAAGGACUGCGAAUGUAAAUCCAAGUCUGGAUGCGAUAACGAUGGCUGCUUCUGUAUCACUAUUGAAGAUGGAAAAUGUAUUUGCAUCUGUGAAGAUGGAACAGGAGGGCUUAAGAAAUGUGAGGACUGCAAGUGCUCGUCUAAAGAAUCAACCAAGUAUGGUUGUUGUACUAAUAAAGGUUGUAUCUGUGCCUGCGAUGACGGGAAAAGAGAAGUCAAGAAAUGCCAGGACUGUAAAUGUUUUUUAGACGGUAAAAAUAAGGAUUGUUAUUGCAUUGCUACAGCAGAGGGUUGUAUUUGCAUUUUCUUCGACCAAGAAGGCAUUAAGAAAUGCACUAAUUGCUGUAAUACUAAGUAAUGAUUAAAGGUUUCAAUUACAUAAUGAGUAGGUACAUAAUUCGUAUUCGCAAUGUUUUUUAAUGGUUUUAAUUUUGUAUAAUCCUUUAUGUAUACUUAAUCAAGCGUAUUUCACCAGUGAAAUAUAUAAUGUAAAUAAUA